CUCAUGUCCCCGGGGAAGCUCCCGAUCUCUAGGUCUACUUGCAUCACCAUUCCCCCCGGUCUCAGUCCGACCUCCUUCCUCGACUCUCCUGUUCUUCUCUCCAACAUUAAGUACACAGCUUUAACCUUCCUGCUGUUUGAAGGAGUGAUUACAAUUUUAGAGAGAUAGGUAUCAAGUCUCUUUGUUCUUAACAAAUUGAAUUAUCCUUUACUUAGCGGCACUUGAAGAAUUUCUGCUGUUUUGAUCCCUGGAGACUACAUGGCUGAGCCUUCUCCGACCACGGGUUCCUUUUUCAAGCCUCAGCUGAUGCAAGCAUCUGUUGAAAAUGGAGCGAUUCUAUUAGAGAAAAAAUCCACCAGUGGUAAUGUUGUUGUAGAUGAAAAAACAUCCAGUGGUUUCGAGUUUAGGUUUCAUACUGGAGUUAGUACCACAUCAGGAUUAUCUUCUGCAGGAAUGUCGGUUCCUGUUGGAAUGAAUCAAAACAGACCAGUCACUUAUCAAGAUCAGCAAUAUUCUCAGUCAGCUACACCCUCUUGUUUAGCACAACAAUCUCAUGCUGUAGUUCAACAAGAUUUAUCUGUCUAUGAUAUUAUUGAUGAAUCGAAUCAAGGACCACAGUCCAAUACAGGUGCACAAGUGUCAGUUUCUGAGCAUAAAGAUAGCAGCUCGCCAGUCUCAGCUGAAAGAACAUCAGGAGAUGGGUAUAACUGGAGAAAAUAUGGGCAGAAACUGGUUAGAGGAAGUGAGUUUCCACGAAGUUACUAUAAAUGUACAUAUCCAAACUGUGAGGUGAAAAAAAUAUUUGAACGAUCUCCAAGUGGACAUAUUACAGAAAUUGUGUACAAGGGUUUGCAUGAUCAUCCCAAACCUCAAAGUGCACGUCGGCACAAUCCUGGAGCUCUUAUGUCCAUUCAAGAGGAUAAAGUUGACAAGGGCUUAUCAUUGGCUGGUCAAGAGGACAAGAUGAACACCGAUAAUAUGGAGAAAAGUGGCUCUCCAAUGUUGUCACCUCUGCAAACAAAUGAGGGAAUGGAUGGUUCAGGUUCACAGUUUCAGGGCCAAAAUGAUGACGCUGAAGAUGAUGAUCUGGUCUUGAAACGGAGGAAAAUUGAAGAUGGUAUUGAUGUCACACUGGUUGUUAAACCCAUCCGUGAACCACGAGUUGUUGUUCAGACUGUGAGUGAGGUCGAUAUACUGGAUGAUGGAUAUCGCUGGCGUAAGUAUGGCCAGAAAGUUGUCCGUGGGAACCCAAAUCCAAGGAGUUACUACAAGUGCACUAAUGCUGGAUGCCCGGUGAGGAAGCAUGUGGAGAGGGCAUCUCAUGAUCCAAAAGCUGUUAUAACAACGUACGAGGGGAAGCACAACCAUGAUGUCCCAGUUGCACGAAACAGCAGCCAUGAACUGGCUGGGACUACCGGAUACGCAGGAACAUCUAAGAUGAGGGCGCAUGAUAGCAGUAGUUUGAUUAGCCUUAACCUUGGUGUUGGAAUCGGGCGAGCAGGUGAACACAAAAGUGAGAAAGGGUUGGAUGGUGAAGGUGGACAAAGGCAAAAUAAUCCAGUCUAUGAAAUUGUAAAUGUUGGGUUGAAUCUGUACGGAAAUAGAGAAGCUCAUAACUUUGAGAUGCCGCCGGUAAAUGCCUCUAACCAAUGUCAGCAAAACCUUAGAAGAAUACUUAUGGGGCCUUAACCAAAUAUUAUGAAUGUAUAUUAACAGAAAUAAUUUUUAUUUUUUAUUAGUGAAUUUAUCCUCAUGGUUUUAGGAUGUUA